UCGAGCCGAAAGGGCUGGGCUGGAGCUCCGGAGUCGGCGGGCGGGCGGGCGCAGGAUGUGAGCUCACAGCUGAGAUUGCAGGCAAGCAGCCACAGGCCAGAGGCAGCGCGGAGUCCGCUCGCCACUCGGCUGAGAGGAGAGGCGCCCCCGCGGACGCACUGAGAGUAUGAGGCCCUGGCCUCUGUGGGCCACUCAUUCGUGACUACUUCCACCACGGCAGAGCCUUCCAAGCCUACCUCCUGCCGUGUGGUGAUCUACCUGCAGCGGGAGAUGUCAGGGGACACCUGUCUGUGCCCAGCCUCAGGGGCCAAGCCCAAGAUAAGUGGCUUCAAGGGAGGCGGGCUGGGCAACAAGUAUGUGCAGCUCAAUGUGGGCGGCUCCCUGUACUACACUACGGUGCGGGCCCUCACUCGGCAUGACACCAUGCUCAAGGCCAUGUUCAGUGGGCGCAUGGAGGUGCUGACCGACAAAGAAGGCUGGAUCCUCAUAGACAGAUGUGGAAAGCACUUUGGCACCAUCUUGAAUUAUCUCCGAGAUGACACCAUCACCCUCCCUCAAAACCGGCAAGAGAUCCAGGAAUUGAUGGCUGAAGCAAAAUAUUACCUCAUUCAAGGGCUGGUGAACAUGUGCCAGACUGCACUGCAGGACAAGAAAGACUCCUACCAGCCUGUGUGCAACAUCCCCAUCAUCACAUCCCUGAGAGAGGAGGACAGGCUCAUCGAAUCUUCCACAAAGCCUGUGGUGAAGCUGCUGUACAACAGGAGCAAUAACAAGUACUCAUACACCAGCAACUCUGAUGAUCACCUGCUGAAAAACAUUGAACUGUUUGACAAGCUGUCCUUGCGCUUCAAUGGCCGCGUGCUCUUCAUCAAGGACGUCAUUGGUGAUGAAAUCUGCUGCUGGUCUUUCUAUGGCCAGGGUCGUAAGCUGGCAGAGGUGUGCUGCACCUCCAUCGUGUAUGCCACCGAGAAGAAGCAGACCAAGGUGGAAUUCCCAGAGGCCCGAAUCUAUGAGGAGACACUCAAUGUCCUACUCUAUGAGACCCCUCGAGUCCCUGACAAUUCCUUGCUAGAGGCCACAAGUCGGAGCCGCAGCCAGGCUUCCCCCAGUGAAGAUGAGGAUACCUUUGAACUGCGGGACCGUGUCCGCCGCAUUCACGUCAAGCGCUAUAGCACUUACGAUGACCGGCAACUUGGCCACCAGUCUGCUCAUCGAGACUAAUGAGACCUUUAGGAAGUCAGCACAAGGAGCCAUGUCUGCUGUCCUGUGGAACACACCCCAUUGGCCACCCUAUGCUGCUCCUGCUAGCUGGGAGCCUGCUUUAGCAAGUAGCGGAGCCAGGCCCUGCUUGGGAGAUCAGGGAGCCCAGCAGAGGAAAAGCCACAUUGUCUUACCUGGUCCUCCUCCCCCAUCAGAUGCCACCCCACUUCCUGCCCGACAGGGAGCUACUUCUGCUCCAGGGUGAGUGCACUGACUUCCACCUCCUGCCAAGAACAUUCCCCGGGCCCUUGGCUGAGUGCUCCUUUCCCCUGCUGAAAGCUCCUUCAGUCCCUCAGCUGAGGCCCAUGGGAACAGCUUUGUUCUGCUGGAAAGGAGGCUUCUGGGGCUGCAAGGACCCAGUUUGGAACAGAAAGGGCAGCCUUUUUUUUUUCUAAGAUGUUUAAGCAUAGGUAUGGCCUGAUUUUUUUUUUUUUGUUAUUGUUGUU